CGGCCCCGCGCAUGCGCCGCGUGCCGCCGGGCCGUGUCCCCGGUGCGUGUGGAUGCGUGUGUCAGCCGCGCGCCAACGCUCCCGGCCCGCCGGCGACCUCGGAACUGGGCAGGUGGGACCCGCUGCGCAGGGUAAGCGGGCGCGGAGCCAAGCGCAGGGCCGGGCGCCGCCACGGACGGCCCGACCGGAGCCGGCCCGGCACGGCCUGACCCCGCCGCCCCGGCCGGGGAGCGGGUGAGGGAGGAGGAGGAGGCGGCGGCCCCGCGGCCCGCGCCUGGUGUCCGCACUCCCGCGCAGCGCCGGCCGAGGCAGCCGCGGCCCGCGAUGGAGUGAGGAGGCCGCCGCCAGCAGACACUUCCGCGUUGCGGGAGGCCGCGCCGGGCCCGCGGGAGGCUCCCGCCGCUCCGCAGCCGCGCCGGCCAGCGCCUGCCCCCCAGCCCCGGCGGCGGCCCCGACACAGGCCCGAGCGCGGACUGAGCCACCCUGCAUGUGGCGGCGCGGCUCCAUGUGAGGCGGCGCGGCCGGGCAGGCUGCGAGGCGGGCCGGGCCCCGGCGGCCGGCCGGGGAGCGAGGGAGCGAGUGAGGCCCCGGUGCCGGCCGGCGGGUGUCUCCGGGUGUCUGCGCGGCGCCGGGUCUCCAUGGCGCCGGCAGCGCUCUGAGGGAGGCGGCGGCGGUGGCGGUGGAUUCCCUAGGCCGCGUCCUCGUCCUCGGCCGUGAGUGAGCUCGAUGCCGAGCACCUCGGACGCGGCGGCCGGCGGGAGCGGGGGAAGCCGGGGCUGGGGGACCGGCGGCGGCAGCAGCUCGGCGGUGGAGGCGGCAGUCGACAAGAAGCGGCUGCAUCACCGGAGACGGAAGCGCUUCGCGGCCCAGCCGCAGCCUCCCCCCCCGCCGCCGGCCCCUCACCCGCUGCUCUUCCCGCUGCUGCAGCCGCCUCUCCUGCAGCCGCCGCUCCUGCAGCCGCCGCUGCCGCCGCAGUCCCUGCUCUUCCUGGCGGCCACCGGCGCCUCCUCCUGCUGCGGGGACGGGGGGGAGCGGAAGCGGCCGCGGGGCAAGCGGCGCUCGGGCUCCCGGCACAAGCGGCGGCGGGGCCGCGGAGGUGGUGGUGGCGGCGGCGGCGGCGCCGGGACCCAGGAGGCGGAGAAGCGGCGCGGUAGCGGGGGGCUGAGCACUCUGGUGGAGGAGUACGACGACGUGAGCUCCCAGUCCGAAGGGCUGGUGGGUGGCGGCGCGACCGGCGGCGGCGCGGGCAGCGGCGGGGGAAGCCCGGCCUCGUCCUCGGGCGGUGGCGGCGGGACCCAGCGGCAGAGGGUCGAGGCGGAGCGGAGCAGCCGGUCCCGCCGGGAGCACCGCAGCAGCAGCGGCCGCUCCAAGGAGCGGCACCGGGAGCACCGCCGGCGGGGGGAGGAGAAGGCGCAGCAGGAGGGGGCGUCGGCGGGCCGCGGGGGAACCGAGCCCUCCUCGUCCUCUUCUAAGUCCCGCAGCCGCCACAAUCACACCGGGGGCCAGGACCGGGAGGGACUCAAGAGCAGCGGCGGCGGCAGCGACGGCCGCAGGAAGGGCUCUCUUGCUUCGCCCGGCAGCGGCAGGAAAGAGCGGGAGAGCAAAGCGCACCGGAGCCGGACUAAAGCGGCCAAAGAGCCGCCCUCGGCUUACAAGGACCCGCCGAAAGCUUACCGAGAUGACAAGCCCGAGCCCAGGGCCUACCGGCGGCAGCGCUCGUCCCCCAGCCCCGGGCGGGAUGACAGUCCCCCUCUGCACCGCUCCUCGCAGAGCCAGCGCAGCCGCAAGUCGCUCAGCCCGGUGGGCGGCCGCUCGCCUCUCAGCCCCUACAGCCGCCGCCGCUCCCCCAGCUACAGCCGGCACAGCUCCUACGAGCGCGGCGGGGAUGUGUCGCCCAGCCCCUACAGCAGCUGGCGUCGGUCGCGGAGCCCCUACAGCCCCGUUAUCCGGAGAUCAGCAAAAUCUCGAAGCAGAAGUCCAUAUUCAUCAAGGCACUCGAGGUCUCGUAGCAGACACAGAUUGUCUAGAUCCAGAAGUCGUCAUUCAAGUAUCUCUCCUAGUACAUUGACUCUGAAGAGUAGCCUGGCUGCCGAGCUGAACAAAAACAAAAAAGCAAGAGCUGCUGAGGCAGCCAAAGCCAGUGCAAAAGCUUCCAAUACUUCAACACCUACCAAGGGAAGUACUGACACUGCUGUAAGUGCGCCUCAAGUGAACAAUGUAAAGGACCUGAAGAAAAUAAAAACUGAGCAUACACCUUCCCCUACAAGCAGCGUGAAUUUGAAGAAUGACAAGGCGAAAGCAAAGGUCUCGCUUCCUGAAACAAAAGGGGAAAAUAAUUUAAUUGCAGACAAAAUUACUAAACAGAAACCUACAGCAGUAAAAGAGAAUAAAUUAACUGUUGUAAAACAGCCACCUGUCACUGUAAAAGAGAAAAGCAAACCGAGUACACCAAGUGUAGUAACCAAGGAGAAGGAGCGAGUUGUUGCACUACCAACCUCCACAUUGCCACCCUUGCCUUUGCCUCCCACGCUGCCUGAAGAUAAAGAAACUGAUAGUUUGCAAGAGAAUCUUUCAGUGAAGUCAGUUAAAGAAACAGAGAAGAAACUUCGCCAUCUGCUUGCAGAUUUGCCACUGCCACCUGAGUUGCCUGGAGCAGCUGAGUUAUCUAAAAGUCCUGAAGAAAAGAAACCAGCAGUUCAGUUACACAGCAAGAGAAGACCAAAAAUAUGUGGACCACGACAUGGUGAAACAAAAGAAAAAGAAAUAGAUUGGGGAAAGCGCUGUGUAGAUAAAUUUGAUAUCAUUGGUAUUAUUGGUGAAGGCACUUACGGGCAAGUUUACAAAGCCAGAGAUAAAGACACAGGGGAAAUGGUGGCACUAAAGAAAGUACGUCUGGAUAAUGAAAAGGAAGGGUUUCCAAUAACAGCUAUUCGGGAGAUUAAGAUUCUUCGACAGCUUAAUCACCAAAGCAUUAUCAACAUGAAGGAAAUAGUGACAGACAAGGAAGAUGCUCUGGACUUCAAGAAGGACAAAGGUGCAUUUUACCUGGUAUUUGAGUACAUGGACCAUGACUUGAUGGGACUGCUGGAAUCUGGUUUGGUUCAUUUUAAUGAAAAUCAUAUUAAAUCUUUUAUGAGACAGCUGAUGGAGGGCUUGGCCUAUUGCCAUAAGAAGAACUUUUUGCACAGAGAUAUCAAAUGUUCAAAUAUUCUACUAAAUAAUAGAGGGCAGAUAAAGCUUGCAGAUUUUGGGCUUGCUCGGCUGUACAACUCUGAAGAAAGCCGACCAUAUACCAACAAAGUUAUUACAUUAUGGUAUCGGCCUCCUGAACUUCUGCUGGGAGAAGAAAGAUACACACCAGCUAUCGAUGUCUGGAGCUGUGGCUGCAUCCUGGGUGAACUUUUUACAAAAAAGCCAAUAUUUCAAGCAAAUCAAGAACUUGCUCAACUGGAACUUAUAAGCCGAAUUUGCGGGAGUCCUUGUCCAGCAGUGUGGCCUGAUGUUAUAAAAUUAGCUUAUUUCAACACAAUGAAACCAAAGAAGCAGUAUCGCCGAAAGCUGAGAGAAGAGUUUGCUUUCAUCCCACCGGCUGCAUUAGAUUUAUUCGAUUAUAUGCUUGCCCUGGAUCCCAGCAAGCGCUGCACAGCUGAACAAGCUCUUCAGUGCGAGUUUCUGCGAGAUGUGGAACCAUCUAAAAUGCCUCCUCCAGACCUUCCUUUGUGGCAAGAUUGCCAUGAGCUGUGGAGUAAGAAACGCAGAAGACAGAAGCAGAUGGGCAUGACUGAUGACUCAACAGCAGCUAAAGUCCCUAGGAAGGAUCUGUCUCUCGGCAUGGAUGAGAGCAGAACCAACACCCCACAAGGCAUGCAAACUUCUUCCCAACUCAAAACUCAGGGCAACUCUAGUGUAGCACUUGCUAAAACAAGCACUGGACAGCAGUUAAACCAGAAUGAAGUGGCAAUCCUGCUAAACCUGCUACAGUCUAAAACAAGUGUUAGUUUGGCACAGUUUGCCCAAGUGUUGAAUAUUAAGGUAAACCCAGAGACUCAGCAGCAACUAAAUAAAAUAAAUCUUCCUGCUGGAAUUUUGUCAGCAGGUGAAAAACAGUCAGAACAGCAGCAGCAGCCGCCGCCGCCACCACCACCACCAGAACAGGAGCCUCUCAAACAGCCGACGGUCACCCAGCCUCCUGUACCACCUGCUCAGCUGAAUCAGCCUAAAGUUGAGACUGAUGCUGCCCAGGCAGCUGUGCAGAGUGCAUUUGCUGUUCUGUUGUCUCAGUUAAUAAAGGCUCAGCAAACAAAACAAAAAGAUUUUGUGUUGGAGGAGAAGGAAAACGGAUCAGGAAAUGAAAUGUCAUUACAACUCAGGCAGCCUCCAGAGCCCACCACUCCUGUGUCUGUCAGCCGGGACGACGUGGAAUCUCCAGCACCCGGCUACCCACAUCUGAUCAAGUCAUUAUAUACAUCUGGAGGUCAAGAGGAUUUGGUUAGGCAGUCUGAGCUGAGGCUUCUAAACCGAACACCCGAACAAGAGCGCCCUCGGAUCCUGCCUCCAGACCAGCGUCCCCCAGAGCCACCGGAGCCUCCGCCUCUCACUGAUGAAGACCUUGAUUAUCGGACAGAGAACCAGCAUUUGCCUAUAACUAACUCUUCAGGAACAGAUCCUCAUGCAGGAGUGAAAGCAGCCCUUCUGCAGCUGCUUGCUCAGCAUCAAGCUCAGGCGACAACAGAGGAGCCAGUACAAACGAGCGUGGAUUAUCAGCCUAGAGAAUCCUAUGUACCAGGCCCAGACUACAAGGAUAACUUUGGAUCAUCUUCCUUCUCAUCUGCCCAUUAUGGCAGUAGUGAUGGAAUAGGAAGCGGAUCAUCAGGAGCAUUAGAAAGGAGAAGCUUCCUUGGAAACUCAGAUAUUCAGUCUUUGGAUAACUACAGUACUGCUUCAUCUCACUCUGGUGCUCCCCCUCCUCCGUCGGCCUUUUCGGAAUCCUUUCCAGGCUCAGUAACUGGUUAUGGAGACAUUUACCUCAAUGCUGGCCCCAUGCUAUUUAGUGGAGAUAAAGACCAUAGGUUUGAAUACAGCCACGGCCCGAUCCCGGUUCUGGGCAGCAGCAGUGAUGCUCCUGUGGGGCCAGAGAGCACGCACUCUUUGCCCACAAAGAUGCACAACUAUAGCUUCGGAAGUAACUUACAGGAAAAUCCUGGUGGCAUCAGCCACAUGCAUGGACAGACUUGGACUUCUCCUGCCCAAGGGCCCGGCUAUUCCCAAGGAUACAGGGGACACAUUAGCACAUCUGCAGUGAGAGGGCGAGGCAGAGGAUUACCAUAUUGAGUAUCUGUUUUUCCUCAGGCACAUCAUUUUUAUCUGGAAAAACUUCCUUGUUUUUUGUUUUUUGGGUUUUUUUUUUGUUCCCUCGCUGCAGUUUAAAGCAGCAAUUCAACAGACUUGAAUAAUGUUAAUUCAACAGCUUUAUUUUUAUGUGGAAAAGGGUCUUGCAUACAGUAGGAAAAAUGAAAAAUGCUUCAAACUCAUGCUGUCUGAAACCUAGAUAAAUCGAUUGUACAUGUUCACAAACUCUAGUUCUGGAUUUUAUUUUGUAUUUUGGCAGUUUUAAGUGGAUGCUAAAUUUAGGGACAUCAGCUUUUUAUGGCACUCUUUCAGACCUUCUGAACUAUGCACAUUUGUGCUUUUUUUGUAAGUUUGGACCAACUUUUAUGUAAAAAAAAAAAAGAAAAAAAAAGAAAUUUUACAACAAUCAAAGCAGGGCACUGAUUUAUUUGGUAUUUUUCUUUUUACAGAACUACCUUUAGUCAAAGGUCACUGUCAGUCUUUGCACUGCUUUCAGUGUUAUUGUGGAAGGUGUACUUUGUGCUCAUUUCAGAUAAUAAAACACAACCUUUCUCUUGAUACAAAAUUUUAUAAAUAUUUGGUCAAUGUUCUUUUUUUUUUUCUUUUUCUUUUUUUCCUUAAAAGAGGAAAAAAAGAAAAAAAAAAGAAGAAUGGAUGUUCUGGUAAAAUGUUCUCUCCAUCUCCCAGGCUUGUUUAUAUAAAAACUGUUUUACUUGAAUGGUAAGUGCCUUAACCUGUAAGCUUAAGGUCUGCAAAAAUUUGGAAGUACUUCAUAGAUCGAUACAAAAUUAAUCCCUAAACCUCAGUAGUUAACAUGGAAAUUCAGAUAAUAAUAGGCAACUGAAAUAGGUCAUAACCUUGUGCUGUUUACUUCAGGUGGGCCAGUUAUUUAGAGACCUAAUCUUACCUUGAUGAAAUAUCGUUUCCAAAUUGAACGUCAUGAGAAAACGGUGAAAGUGAGGAGAAGAAUGAAGAGUGUAGUUUUUCCUCAGCUCCCUCUUGGAGUUGUAGUAAGUGUUUUAGUUCCUCUGCCAAAUAAACUAUACUUUAUACGUCCUUACCAAGUGAUGAAAUAAGUUUUGUUUUUUUUUCUCUUACAUGUCAACAGCAGUACUUUACUUUGUGUGAAAAGCUGACACUGUCGUCUUUUUACCACAAAUACUGCAUUUAUAGGAAGUAACCAAAGGAAAAAUGACCAGUAUUUAAAGCAACAGCAGAAUGUUUUGACACUAGUUCUAAUUCUCUGUAAACUUGUGAUUGUGCCAAUUAAUCGAUUUUAUAUCUGCCAUUCCACAGAACAUUUUAAGAUUGGAAUCGAGUCUCUCUGAACAACUGAUAAAAUGACUGUAGUUCAAACUCUUACCAAGAGCCACUCAUAUUAAUUACAACUUCCAGCAUGUUUUUCUUUUCCUUUGACAACAAGUGGUCUCUCUCCUGCAGAGAGGAGGUAUGGUUAUAUUUUGCAUGUACGUAAAAGAAUGUUUUAAAGCCCAUAUUGGAAACAAUUUUCCAACUGAUUAUCCAGUUGACAAAUCGGUACCUUAUGUAACUGAGUGUUUAAUUAUUACUUUUAAGAAAGUAAAAUUUCUACUUACACUAUUACGAACGUAGUCUUGUCAGUGACUUUUUGGAUUUUCAGAAUAGAAGCCAAAGUUGUUGGUGUUUUGUUUUUGUUUUAGUUGAAAAUCCUGGUUCGUAUAUGGCUUAACUACCACUUUGUAGAGCAUGGAGAAACUCCCUUCGCUAACUACGUAGCGUUUGAGGAUCUGGCAAAUGAGAAAUGGAGAGAGAGUCAUGCUGCUUCCGAUGUCCCUGUAAGUCUGGCAGUUGCCUUCACUAGACACAGUAGAAAAUCCCGUGAUCUGAAAAUAAAAGCAACCUGGUCAUAAGCAUACUGAUGACCUGAAUAGGCUGUGCUUAAUUAAAACAAAAGCGUCACAUGAGCGAUAGUUUUCCUUGAGUAAGGACACCCCCUGUAGCAUUUCUCUGCCAGUAAAAUUUUUAAAGGCAAAAAUCAUUAGUUUCAUUUAGCUAUGGACAGUGUCAGCUAAGGCUUUCUGUCUACAAACCUUAACAAAGCUAAUCCCACAGUAAUACACACAGAUUGCUUUUUGUCAGAAUCAAGCAAGACUUGCAGAGCUUUUGGGCAGUUGCUUUCACUAAAAACGUGCAGUCUGGUGUUACUUUCCUGCACUUCAACUGCAGCUGCAGGUGAUAGUUGGCUAAAAAGCAGGUAAGUUCAAAUGGAAGGUAGAUCUCAGAGGACUAUAUGAUUUGACUUCCAACACAAAAAUGCGAGGAAGACGUCCUGUCUCCUGCUGCUUCCCUUUUGGAGGUAAAUUUUCAAGUCAUUUAGUUCGCCUCAUUUAAUGCAGAGAAGUCAGUCCCCUCUGCACGUGUAAAUGACAGUGCAGUUCCUUAUGGGCUGGCAGUACUCUGAUCUUGCAUCGUUCCGCCAAAAUGGAUUUCAGUCUUUGGCCAUGAAAAAAACCCAACCAAAACAGCACGAGUAAUCCUAUGAGGAGAUGCAAUAGACAGCAGAACUUCCAGAUGAAUCAAAACCAGAACUGGCAUGCUGUGGCAGCUGCAUACUGCACAGUGACUUUUCCCCAAAUUCAGUGUAAGGUUUACUACUAGCCUGUCACUUUGAACACUGUAUUUGACUGGGUUAACAGUGUUGGGAUAAUUUGGAAGGAAAGAUAACAUAUUUCCAUGUGUGCUAACUGAGGAGGUCACCUUCUCUGCAAUCCAGGGGAUCUUGGCUCUGACAGCCUUUUCCCCUGGGCAGGGCAGGGAGAGGCUGUGCAUAGGCUGUGUGUGGGUCAGGAGCUCUGCCCUCCCUCUGCAGGGCAGCCCGUGGGAUGCAUGGCAGGAGGAUUUAUCGCUGACCCUGGAGCUGUGUCUGGGCAGGUCAGCAGCCAGGGAACUGGAUGGAUCUAAGGACUGUAGGUCCACAUUCAUUUGUGCUGGACCUGUGUACCACCUAUCAAAAUACCCUUUGAAUCAAACCCCAUGACGAGGUGCUUAUGUCAGUUCAGAGUUUUACCCUUUUGAACAAAGUCUGCGCUAGUUUGGCAUUUUACAUCGCGUGGCUCUUGCGUUUUUGAUGCAGUUGUAGACAUUCUGAAACCCGUGUUGUUUUUCUGUGGAGCUGUGGCUUUUGUUACUUCCUCCCCCCCCCCCCAAUUCUUUUGGGUUUAUGUUUUCCGUGCUGCAAUUCCAAAGUGUGCUACAGAGACCUGGACACUACAUCGAAAAGUAAGUGUUGUGUGUUUGUAUUUCUAAAUAAACAUAGCAAAAUGCUGUAAUCAUGGACUAUCAAGUAGCAAGUACUUCAUUAUUUAUAUUCAGUGGUCUUUAGCCGUACCAAGAGGAAGAAAGUGAGCACGACUGGACUGCUAUGACCAUGACUUAAAACGCUUAGACUAUUGUAAUAUGCUUAAAAUCAGCCAAAGGAAAAGGAAACAGCUUUUAUCAUGGAUUGCUAGUUGUUAUCAUCUUGAACAGAAGGAGCAGUGUUAGGGAAAAGGUGUAAAAAUACGUGUAUCCUUAAAUGUUAAUAUAAUUUCUUGGGAAAAAAUAAUUUUUAGAAGGCAAACUUCUAUAUUUUCUUAUGUUUCCAUAAAACAUGGUCAGUGUUGAAUUUUCUCCAUACCACAGUAGUGUGAGGUGCUCUCUAGAAGCAGAGGUGCUUCUGGAAGCGCUGUCAUGUAAGUUCCUUUGGGGUUUGAGUGCUCUUCUCCUUUUGCUUGGUGCAGGAGGUGGUUUCAGUUUUGGUGAAGUUUACAGUUGGAUGAGUUUAAUAGAUAAUUGUGCAGUAAAAACUGAAGUACUGAAGUAACAUAGGAUACCUCUUGUCUGCGGGCAAAUUAGAUCUCAGACCAUGGAUUCUGUUUCCAAGAGAGGAAAAUCUCAGAUGUAUUUCCUGCGUUGUUCUUUUUGUUAAUAAAACACAUGAGUGUUUUACAUACAACAUUUCUCCAGUCUGUUCUGUUAUACUGGGUUUUUUUUACAUGGGGAAAUUUUGGCUGUUUCCCUUUUUGAUAGUUUUGGGAUGUUCUAUAUAUGCGGAAGUGUGUCAUGAAACUAAGGAAUCACCAGAGAACUGAUUUGAAUUCUGUAUUUAAAAAUGAAAUGACCUUGGGUUGACUUAAAAUCAAACUAACUUUUGCUUAUCAGGGUGAAGAAUACUUUAUUGCAGGAGUUAUUUCAAGACAACCUAAUUUAAAAUAAUCAAACUGUUAUGCUUCAGCUUGCUUACUCUUUGUUAUUUUAAGCCAUUUGUAUAUAAAAUGUAUUGUGCGGCCUGUAAAUAAAGUACAUGAAAACUCGAA